GGAACAGAAAAAAGAAAAACUAAAAAUCUCAGCGUUCAUCGAGGAUCUUAUAUUUAUCCCCGUCUCCGCGCUCGUCUCGGCUCCUUCUUUGCCCACUUCCUGCCGCCGAUUUUGCAUCUCGCGAGCAGAGCAGGGCGCGCGGCUGCUUCCGCCACAUCCUGGGGGUGGAAUGCUUGCCAAGAUGCAGUCGUGCCGAUGGAUCUUGGCUUACUUGCUCGUCGUUCUCGUGAGCCUGCACGGUGGUGCCAAUGGCUUCUACCUCCCGGGCACAUUCAUGCACACCUACACCCCAAAUGAGGUGAUCUCAGCCAAGGUCAACUCGCUCACCUCCAUUGAGACUGAGUUGCCCUUCAGCUACUACAGCUUGCCCUACUGUAAGCCCCCGGAAGGCGUCAAGAAGAGCGCCGAGAACCUCGGCGAGAUCCUCAUGGGUGAUCAGAUCGACAAUUCGCCAUACCGGUUCCGAGUCAACGUGAACGAGUCCGUGUACCUAUGCACCACGGACCCACUCACCAAGGAGCAGGCCGAGCUGUUGAAGAAGCGGGCGCGAGAUCUGUACCAGGUCAACAUGAUCCUUGACAAUCUGCCGGUCAUGCGAUUCACCGAGCAGAAUGGGGUGACUAUCCAGUGGACCGGAUUCCCGGUCGGGUACAACCCGAUGGGGAGUAACGAGGAUUACAUCAUUAACCAUCUCAGGUUCAAGGUCUUGGUCCAUCAGUACCAGGCGCAGGGUGAUGUUGUGAUCACCAGUGAGGAUGGCGUUGCCAUGGUGGAGUCGGAUCGCAAGAGCGGAUUCCAGAUUGUUGGCUUCGAGGUUGUGCCUUGCAGUGUGAGGCGUGAUCCUGAGGCGAUGUCCAAGCUGAAGAUGUAUGACAAGGUUGAUUCUGUCAAGUGCCCAUUGGAGCUUGAGAAAUCUCAGGCUAUCCGUGAGAACGAGAGGAUUACAUUCACCUAUGACGUUGAGUAUGUUAAGAGCAACAUUAAGUGGCCAUCAAGGUGGGAUGCAUACUUGAAAAUGGAUGGUGCCAAGGUUCACUGGUUCUCGAUCAUGAACUCGAUGAUGGUUGUCUUCUUCUUGGCUGGUAUCGUGUUUGUCAUAUUCUUGAGGACUGUCCGUAGGGAUCUGACACGGUAUGAGGAGAUGGACAAGGAGGCGCAAGCUCAGAUGAAUGAGGAGCUCUCAGGAUGGAAACUUGUGGUUGGUGAUGUCUUCAGAGAGCCUUGCUGCUCAAAGCUGCUAUGUGUUAUGGUCGCUGAUGGUAUCCAGAUCACUGGUAUGGCAGUGGUUACAAUUGUCUUUGCUGCUCUGGGUUUCCUCUCACCUGCUUCAAGGGGAAUGCUCUUGACCGGAAUGAUCAUCCUGUACCUCUUCCUUGGAAUUAUCGCUGGAUAUGUCGGUGUCCGUGUUUGGAGGACAAUCAAAGGAACCUCAGAAGGGUGGAAAUCUGUUGCUUGGCUGACCUCCUGCUUCUUCCCUGGCAUUGUUUUCGUUAUCCUGACUGUGCUGAACUCCAUCCUGUGGGGCAAGAAGAGCACUGGAGCUUUACCUAUCUCACUGUUUUUCACACUCCUGGCCCUGUGGUUCUGCAUCUCAGUUCCACUCACACUUAUUGGAGGUUUGCUGGGUACACGUGCUGCAAGCAUAGAGUACCCUGUCCGUACCAACCAAAUUCCACGAGAGAUCCCUGAGCGCAAGUUCCCGUCAUGGCUGCUUGUUUUGGGUGCUGGAACAUUGCCCUUUGGCACCCUCUUCAUUGAGCUUUUCUUCAUCCUGUCUAGCAUUUGGUUGGGGAGGUUCUACUACGUCUUUGGCUUCCUGUUCAUUGUCCUUUUCCUGCUGGUCAUAGUCUGUGGUGAGGUUUCUUUAGUCCUAACCUACAUGCAUCUUUGUGUGGAGGACUGGAAGUGGUGGUGGAAAGCCUUCUUUGCUUCUGGUUCUGUCGCCUUCUACGUCUUCCUAUACUCAAUCAACUACCUCGUGUUCGACCUUAGGAGCCUAAGUGGACCGGUCUCAGCAACGCUCUACCUUGGCUAUUCCCUGAUCAUGGCCCUUGCCAUCAUGCUGUCUACUGGUGCUAUUGGCUUCUUGCUGUCCUUCUACUUCGUCCAUUACCUCUUCUCAUCUGUUAAGAUUGACUAGAGGCACCCACACUCUUGCUGCAAUAGGAUCACCUGAGCAUGGUGAUAGUUAUCCCUUAGAAACAUAUCACACAAUAAUAUUGAAUUGAAAAGAAAAAUGUAAACAUGGCAACGCCCAUGGCUUUUGGCCCUGAUUAAUUCUAUCAUUUAGCAUAGCACAGUUUCUUUAAGUUCAUGCUUAUGUUUUGUAGGCAUGUCUGCAAUGUUUCAGCUAUGUUUUUUGACUUUGUAAUACUAUUAUGUUUUGUUUUCUCUGGGCAUUUGUGAGCAGCCUUUGUUGGAACACUUUGACAGAUAUUCAAUAUUAAAGAGCUAUUCGAUUACAGUCCUUA